CAAUUCCCAGGGGCCCACUGUCAGUACGUAUCGAAAUGCGUUCUGUGCGUGCCGUUGCAGCUCUUGUUUUGGCAGUUUGUUUCGAUAUUAACGGGUUGUCAGUCCACCCAGGAGGUGUCGUAUUGGUUAUCUCACACAGAGCUACGAUGGUACUGAUUGAGCAGUGACUCUGUGUGCGGGCUGAUUCGGGGUGCUGGUAAGUGUCGUUUCACAAUGGCAGAUGGAGGCAGCGAUGACGAUGUCAUUCACCUGGCAAGCUUCAUCGUCCACCGCAGCCAAGGCUCCCAUACCCUUAAGAGGGAGCUCAUCACCAUUUCUGAUGACUCGGAUGAGGAGCCUGUGACUCUGGUACCUGGUAGCCCUGUGUUAGUCCCAGACGAUGCUGAUGAUGAUGACAUCAGCAUACUGGAGCCACUAACUCCUGCCCGCAGACACGUGAUUCGCCCAGCAGCAAAAUGGAGUGGGGCCUCGCACAACAUUCAAGUUGUGGGUCAUAGUAGCGCAACUUCUGGGGUUCCCACAGGGGACCCUGGUUCUGCCCCCUCUACCUCCAGAGAUGCCUAUGCCAACUCCCCUGCAGCAAGGACAGUCAUACGAACAUCAGUGCAGUCUAACGCUUCUGGACACACACAUACACUGUCUCAGCCAAAACUCACAAACUCACGGGGACAGGAUGGUACAUCAGUAGAGCUCCAAGCAGUUUCUUCUAUCCAAACCCCGUCUACCUCCACAGACACCAAGGCUAGCGCCACCACAUCCAGUGCACCUUUACAAGUACUUCUUCAGCCUCAGCCAAGCACGUCAGGACUCAUGCAGCCACAAGCUGGCUCUUCAGCACAUGUAACGAUGGAGCCCCAUACGAGGACCUCUACCAGUGCCACACACUAUUCUUGUGUGGCUGCAAAUUCUUCUACAAAGACUGAUGAAAAGGGGAGUACAAAUACUCAUUCACAAGACAAUCCUCAGGCCAGUACUUCUGCACAGUCACACACACGGACACAGUCUCAGCCCGGUACGUCCACGCAGCUCCAGCCCAGUGGGACCCCCAUCAUACAGCCCCACAUCAUCCAGGUGAAGGAGGUGAAACAAAUUGUUGUUCCCCAGCAGCCAAGUAUCCAAGCCUCUGCUCUAAUAACCGUACACCAGUUGCAGCCCAGACCCCAGAUCCCCCUGCAGCCAGUGUCUUUGAAUCGCAUGCAUCGCAAUCUCAUUCAGAUUGAACCACAGCCUCUUGCCCAGGCCCCUCUGCCCCCUCAGGUGAUACCAGUGAUCCCCCCUGCAGUGCUAAUAGCUGCAGCACCAGAGAGACUUGGACCUCCAGAGGCAGGUCACCGGAUCGUCCUGGGGAGCCAGGCGCCUGGGGAGGCUGUUCCCAAUCCUGUGCCCCAGGCUGGUGCCUCCGGAGUGGUCCCACCAGCCCACGGCCCCAACAGGGCGGCUAAUGUGAACUCUAACCUUCCUGCUCCUCCGGCUGCCACAGCUUCAGUCCCGCAUGACAGAGGAGAGGCUCAUCUCAUUCUGGCUCCAGCUCCAAACCCAGAAAUAGUCAACCCAGCACCUGGUCUGGUCGCUGUCCCUCCUGCACCAGAGGAUAUUCCUCAAAUAGAGGAUGCAAGGCCAGGUCCCUCUGCACCACGGGAGACAGGGGAGCAGCAGUCCCUCGUUAGAACUCUUAUCGCUGGUGUUCUGGAUCUGUUCCCCGAUGUCCAAGAAGCCAGUGUAGCAGAACUGAUCCAAAAGAAUAAUGUGAAAGACUUGAAUGUUAUCUGUAACCUGCUGUUGGAGAACCCAGAUUAUCCAAGGAGGGAGACUGCAGCAGCCACAGUCGCACCCACCAGCAUCCUACUGGAGUCUGGAGACACCCAAACAGAGGUGACCGAAGACCUGUUUGACUACGCCAAACUGGGCAGGGUGGGACACGAGGCUGUGAUGCAGGCUGCCGACUUGCUCAUGGCUGAUUUCAGGAUGCUCAGUUGUCAGGACAUCAAAUGGGCCCUCAAUGCUCUGAAGGGACACUAUGCAAUCACACGCAAGGCCUUAUGUGAUGCUCUGAAGAAGUGGCAAGAUUCAGGCGACCUCUCAGGAAAGAGACGACGGUGCAGAGCCUCCUCUGAGCGCUGCUACAUUGAUUUCCAUUUUGAGCACGGCUCAGUGAAGUUUGACAAGAGGAUGUAUUUCUUGGAGAAUGACCGGCGUUACUGCAGGACAUACAACAAUCUGGAAGCUUCUGUGCAGAAGGAGCUUUCAUUCUAUCAGCAGAAGGCCAAGGAAUGGGCCGAGCAUGAAGACUUCCUGCUGGCUCUGCAAGUCAAUGAGGAUGAAUACAAGAAGGACGGCCAGCUGAUCGAAUGCGGCUGCUGCUAUGGGGAGUUUGCGUUCGAGAAGAUGACGCAGUGUUCAGAUGGCCACCUGUUCUGUAAAGAGUGCCUGGUCAAAUACGCUCAGGAGGCAGUCUUCGGCUCCGGAAAGUCGGAGCUGAGCUGCAUGGAGGGGGGCUGCCUGUGCUCCUACCCAGUUUGUGAGUUGGAGAAGGUCCUACCGGAGAACGUACUGUGUAAAUAUUAUGAGAGACAGGCGGAGGAGGCGGUCGCUGCCACCUGUGCUGAUGAACUCGUCCGGUGUCCGUUUUGCAACUUCCCAGCCUUGCUGGACAAAGACAUGUCUCUUUUUAGCUGUCCCAAUCCUCGGUGCCGCAAGGAGAGCUGCCGAAAGUGCCACGUCCAGUGGAAGCAGCACGUGGGGAAGACGUGUGAGCAGGUCCUGGAGAGAGACGAGAUCCGCAUGAGGGUGCUCUUUGAGGAGCGCAUGACGGCAGCUCGGGUGAGGAAGUGUGUCAAGUGUGGGACGGGCCUUGUCAAGUCGGAGGGAUGCAACCGGAUGUCGUGCCGCUGUGGCAGCUUCAUGUGCUACCUCUGCAGAGAGCCCAUCACCGGGUACAAUCACUUCUGCCAGCACGCACGCUCUCCCGGCGCUCCCUGCCGCCAUUGCCGCAAGUGCUCCCUCUGGACAGACCCCACGCAAGAUGACGAGCGAAUCAUACAGGAGAUCCAGAAGGAAGGCGAGGCAGAGCUGAAUAAGAAGUCCGCAGAUAAUUCAGGGAAGAGGGUCGGCCCUCCUCCAGAGCCAAUCAUCGACACCAAACGACCACGCGUGGGUCCGCCCCCCGAAAACCCACCCAACCAGAACCCCCUGGCCCCUCCUCACCCACAGGCGGUACAAGCUCCCCUCUUCGUGCCUCCACGCGCCCGCUACCCACCAGCUCACCUCCAACCCGCGCUGUUCAUGGCCCCGCUGCCCCCGGCGCCCUAUGUCCCCCCUUUACAGCACCUGCCCCCCCUGAACAAUAACAACAACAACAACAACAACCAACACCAUCACCACCACAACCCUCCUGUCAACCCUCAUCACCACAACAUGGACCUGCCCAUGCACUACGGGCCCCCGCACCGCUACUACAGGCGCUUUUAACACACACGUCACUCUGUGAGUGUGUGUUAAAAGCUGAGUGAGAGUGUGUAAAUUCUGGUGUGAUCAGUUCAUCUUCAGGCACACACGCUUGCUCACUACAGUCAUACUUUUCAUUUCAGUGCUGUUUUUGAGAUCAGGUAAUUUUUUUUUGUCACCUUUCGCUCUUCAUUCUCCCUCAUCCAUUUUCAAAACUCUUGUAAACUCAGAUACGUAUUUUUGAUCAUCCACUUGACCCGUUCUUUUCUGCUUCAGAUGAUAAAACACACUGAAAUGAUAAGUGCCUCUGUAGAAAGACACACAGUCGGACACUUUGCCUUCUUCCGCUGAACUUGGGACUUCAGGAAUGAAGUGGAUCCCCGUGUUACGUGUUCCUCUUUUCUGAUUGACUAUUGGUUGAACUGAUGAAUGGUAUACAGUCUUGAAACACAUAUUUCCAGUUUAUACAGAUAUUUUUGAGUACGUAAUUGAAAAAAAAAAAACAGUUAGCAUUCCCUUCUGUAUCUUUUGUGUAACAUGUGUGAAACCACACAGUUUUCUAAUAAAGUUUUCAUUUCACA